CAAAGGAUAAUCUGAUCUUUCUCCGUCACUCCUGCUAUAUAUAUGGACAUCCAUCUUCUCUUCUUUUCACUCAAACAUUGACAAAAUAUCACAUAUAUUCUUAAAAAUGAGCUUUCAGGCCUUGUCAGUUUUCUCUUUGUUCUUCUCCUAUAUACUCCUAGGCUCAGCUGAGCAGUGUGGAAGGCAAGCAGGUGGUGCUCUGUGCCCAGGAGGCCUAUGUUGUAGCCAAUAUGGUUGGUGUGGCAACACCGAUGCUUACUGCAAAAAGGAAAAUGGUUGCCAAAGUCAGUGCAGCGGCAGUGACACUGGUGGUGGACUCGGUAAGCUUAUAACAAGAGAACGAUUUGAUAAGAUGCUUUUGCAUAGGAACGAUGGGGGUUGUCCUGCCCGUGGCUUCUACACCUAUGAUGCUUUCAUAGCUGCUGCAAAGUCUUUUCCUGCCUUCGCUGCAAGUGGUGAUGAUGCCACUCGCAAGAGGGAAAUUGCUGCUUUCUUGGCCCAAACUUCCCACGAAACAACUGGUGGGGCGGGAUGGGCUGCACCCGAUGGUCCAUAUGCGUGGGGAUACUGCUACAAUAGAGAAUUAAACCCCGGUUCAUCUUACUGCGCUUGGGAUCCAAACUACCCUUGUGCUCCUGGUCGGCAAUAUUUUGGCCGGGGUCCAAUGCAGCUUUCUUGGAACUACAAUUACGGUCAGUGCGGACGAGCCAUAGGGGUGGACCUGUUAAACAACCCAGACCUUCUAUCAAGUGAUCCUACAAUUUCCUUCAAAUCAGCAUUCUGGUUCUGGAUGACUCCACAAUCGCCAAAGCCUUCUUGCCAUAAUGUGAUAAUCGGAGCAUGGUCACCCUCCGGUAGCGAUCGGGCAGCAGGGCGGGUUCCAGGGUAUGGUGUGAUCACAAAUAUUAUCAAUGGCGGCCUUGAAUGCGGUAAGGGUUGGAAUGCAAAGGUAGAGGACCGCAUUGGGUUCUAUAAGAGUUACUGUGACAUACUUGGAGUUAGCUAUGGUAGCAAUCUUGACUGCUACAACCAAAGGCCUUUUGGGAAUGGACUCUCGGUGGACUCCAUGUAAACUAUAGUGCCUAAUAACAUGGCUAAACGUACAAAUUGAGAUGUUUGAGCUUUCUCUUUUUGAAAUUUCUGUCUUGAGAUGUUUUUGAAGUUUAUGUAAUCUUAAUGCUUGCGAAGAACAAUAAAAUGGAUGGUUUUCUUUACUGUCA